AGAUAACCCUUGAAGGAAGUAAAAUAAGAGACUGAGACGCAAAUUCUUAACUCAAACAGACACCAGUGCUCCCGUCGGCUGAAGUUCACAUUUUUGUUGCUACUGAAUUCUUGAAUCAAGAUGUCAACAGCUGGCAAGGUACAGUAUGUCGUUCAUUAUCUUCCAACGGAUGAAAAUAAACCAAUCACAUGCAAGGCUGCAGUCACAUGGAAGAUCGGAGGAGGCUUCUCUAUUGAGACGGUAGAAGUGGCACCGCCCAAGAAAGGAGAGGUCAGAAUCAGGAUGACGUCCACUGGGGUCUGUCACUCGGACUUGCACGUCAUGGAGGGGAUCGACAAGGAUUGGCCUUUCCCCGGCGUCCUGGGACACGAAGGGGCUGGGAUCGUUGAAAGCGUCGGCGAAGGAGUCACUAGCGUUGUACCCGGAGAUACUGUUGUACUAGUUUUUGAAGCAUAUUGUGGCACAUGCGAUUUCUGCAAAGAUCCACGUACUUGUAUGUGCAAAACGCAAACAAGAAAUCACUUGCAACUCGACGGCACAUCUCGAAUCACUUGCAAGGGACAACCAAUUGCUCAAAUGUCAACCAUCAGCACUUUCUCACAGUACACAGUCACAAAUGAAAUCAACGUCGCAAAAGUAAAUCCAAAGGCCAAUCCAAAGACCCUCGGUUUAGCCGGCUGUUGCAUUCCCACUGGCUACGGUGCGGUCAUGAAUGCGGGAAAAGUCCCUCCUGGCUCCACUUGUGCCGUCUGGGGUCUUGGAGGAGUGGGCAUGUGUGUCCUUAUGGGGUGCAGGGAUAGUGGUGCUUCCAAGAUUAUUGGAAUAGACACAAAUCCAAACAAAUUUCCUUUAGCAAAGGAAUUCGGGGCGACAGACUUCUUGAAUCCGAAGGACGUAGAUAAUGUUCCCGAAAAGCUGGCUGAAAUGACCAACGGAGGAGUAGAUUUCUGUUUCGUAUCUGUCGGUAUUACGCCUGUCAUGGAGCAAGCUUUCAUGUCCAGUCACCCUCAAUGGGGCAAGACAGUGAUAAUCGGUCUUGCGGACAUCGGCGAAACAAUGAAAGCCGGAAUCUGGGAAUUAAUUUACGGAAGGCAGCUCGUCGGAACUUUCUACGGAUCUUACAAGGCCAGACUGGGUAUCCCUCAACUUGUAGACAAGGUAGUGAGCGGUCAAAUCCAAUUGGAGAAAUUGAUUUCCCACCGUUUACCUCUAGAAAAAAUCAGCGAAGGAUUCAACAUGCUCAAAACUGGAGAAUCGCUUAGAGCUAUCAUCGAUUUUAGUCUUUAAACUGUAAAGGAAGAUUUUCUUCCAGAUAAGAAGACAGGAGCUUUGUAUAACAUAUACACACAAAAAUAAUUGUACAAUGUAAAUUGUAUAUUAGACUUUUUCUUCUUAUAUUAAUCAUUGUACAGUAGCACAAUUAUUGCUUCCAUAGUAAUUCAAAAUAAUAUUUUGAUAUGCAAUAGCUUUCAAUAACUUGUAUUGAAUUAAUACUGUACGUUUUUGACAUAAUAAAUAGUUUUUUACUUUAA